AUGUUUGGCACUGUUGAUUCGUGGUUGUUGUGGAAGUUGACUGGGAAACAUUUGACGGAUAUUACGAAUGCGAGUCGAACACUUUUGCUCGACUUAAAGAAAGUAUCGUGGUCAACUGAACUGUGCAAAUUCUUUGACAUUCCAAUGGAGAUACUACCUGAGAUCCGUUCAUCUGCUGAGGUUUACGCGAAUAUUGAAGAAGGACCUCUCAAGGGAGUGCCCAUCUCAGGAUGUCUCGGUGAUCAACAAGCCGCCUUAGUAGGUCAUCAGUGUUUAAAGCCGGGUGAUUCGAAGAAUACUUACGGUACUGGUACAUUCAUGUUGUGUAAUAUUGGAUAUCGACCGACGAUCAGUAAAAAUGGCCUACUCACCACUGUUGGAUUUCAGUUUGGUCAUGGAGCACCCGUGUGUUAUGCGUUAGAAGGAUCAGGUUCGAUAGGUGGCAAUGCAGUACGUUUUCUACGAGACAGCCUGACGUUCAUUAAGAAAGCAUCCGAUAUCGAAGCUUUAGCUGGUUCAGUGAAAGAUACGGGUGGUGUUGUGUUUGUACCGUGCUUUACGGGUCUUUAUUCACCUUAUUGGGAUUCGUCAGCUCGUGGUACCAUCCUCGGACUAGUACAGUCCACUUCAAAGGCACAUAUCGCUCGUGCAGCGCUGGAAGCAGUCUGCUUCCAAACUGCGGAAAUGAUACAAGCCGUAGAAGAUGACAUGCGAGAAGAGGGUUGCCGAGUUUCUGCACUCAAAAUUGACGGAGGCAUGACUGCGAAUCACUUGUUCAACCAAAUGCAAAGUGAUGUGCUAGGCAAGAGGAUUAUUUGCUCAAAAUUAGCCGAAACGACUGGUUGGGGCGCAGCUGUAGCUGCUGCCAUUGGAAACCAACUAAUCAGUUUCGAGAAGUAUGGAGAACGCGACUUAUGUGAGGCUACAGUGUAUUCUCCGAAAAGUAGCGCAGAGCAACGGGAGAAAGAUAUGGUGCGAUGGAAAGAAGCCAUUAAACGAUCACGUAACUGGACUUCAUUCUCUGAGACAUGA